CCCUCCGCGCGCCCUCUGGGCCUCCAGCUCCCUCCUUCCCUCUCCCCAUCAGCCUUUUGGAAGGCUUUAGUGGGGUUUCCUGCCUGGUUUACGCGGACUUAAUGAUAAAGCUGCGGUGAGUUGAUGCCUUGUGACGGCCUAAUCCCAACCCGGUGACUCUACAAAGCUUUCGCUGGGAUUUCGUGCUGCUCCACUCUGCUCCUGCUGCCCAGCCCUGCUCCAGCAGCCCCCAGGCCCUCAACCUCCACGGUCGGUUUGGCAUUCUCUGAUCCUGCAUACUGCAGCUGAUCAAGUCUAAAAGAAGACAUGUCUGCUGUUACGGGGACCUUCCGCAUUGUCUCAGAAGAGGAGCAGGCACUGCGCACCAAACUGGAGCGCCUCACCACCAAGGACCACGGCCCUGUUUUUGGGAGGUGCCAGCAGAUCCCCCCUCACACCCUGCAAAAGGCAAAAGAUGAGCUGAAUGAGACGGAGGAGCAGAGAGAGGCAGCAGUCAGAGCGCUGCGGGAGCUGGUGCAGGAGCGGGCCGGCAGUGAGGAUGUCUGCAAGGCAGUGGCUGAGAAGAUGCAGGGGAAGGAUGAUUCCUUCUUCCUCCGCUUCAUCCGUGCCCGCAAGUUUGAUGUGCACAGGGCCUACGACCUGCUGAAAGGCUAUGUGAACUUCCGCCAGCAAUACCCCGAACUCUUUGACAACCUGACCCCUGAGGCCGUGCGCAGCACCAUUGAAGCGGGCUACCCUGGCAUCCUGGCCAGCAGGGACAAAUAUGGGCGGGUAGUGAUGCUCUUCAACAUCGAGAACUGGGACUAUGAGGAGAUCACCUUCGAUGAGAUCCUUCGUGCCUACUGCGUUAUCUUGGAGAAACUGCUGGAAAAUGAAGAGACCCAGAUCAAUGGGUUCUGCAUCAUUGAGAACUUCAAAGGCUUCACCAUGCAGCAGGCAUCAGGGAUCAAACCUUCCGAGCUCAAGAAGAUGGUGGACAUGCUACAGGACUCCUUCCCAGCGCGGUUCAAGGCUGUCCACUUCAUCCACCAGCCCUGGUACUUCACCACUACCUACAACGUGGUCAAACCGUUCCUGAAGAGCAAACUGCUGGAGAGGGUGUUUGUGCACGGCGAGGAGCUGGAGUCCUUCUACCAGGAGAUCGACGCUGACAUACUGCCAGCAGACUUCGGUGGCAACCUGCCCAAGUACGACGGCAAAGCAACUGCAGAGCAGCUCUUUGGGCCCCGCAUCGAAGCUGAAGACACGGCGCUUUAAGUCAGGAGCUGCUCCCCUUCCCCUGUAAAAUAAGAUCAGAGGUGGUCCCCUAACCCCAACCACUUCCAUACUGUAGCAAUGGAUGAGUGACUGCUCUGGGUGUGUUGCUCCGUGUCUGUUCCUGUCCCCAAAGCUGGCAGCAGGCUGCCUGGCAGCGGCUGGGAUGCAGCGAGCACGUGCCUUGCUCUGCUCCAACCUUAGCCUUUACUUCUGUGGGGCAAUACAGCCAGAGAACACUGUCUCCACAGCCAGCUCUAUGUGCCCACAGUUGGUCACUGGGGAGCAACACAACCAGAGGAUGCCACUGCAGAAGCCCCUGCCAGGGGCUGGCUGAAAUAUGUAUGCAGAGAA